UUUGACUGGUUCCCCUGAUCCUGAUAACGCUAAUGAUAGAGGGCGCUCUGUACAAAAUAUGGCGAUGUUUGGCACAAAGACUUUCGGCGAAAAGCCGAAACCCUUUCAGAUAGAGGAGGAUGGGGAAUUUUAUUACAUUGGAUCAGAGGUUGGAAAUUAUUUGCGAAUGUUCAGGGGAUCUCUCUACAAGAAGUACCCGUCUAUGUGGAGGAGGCUGCUUACCGUGGAGGAGAGGAAAAGAAUAUCAGAACUCAACACAGGAGCGCCAUCCCUAGCUACCAACAUCACGCUGUUGAAGGCCAGUGAAGUGGACGCCAUCUUUGAGGGGAAUGAUGACAUGUUUAAAACAGUAUCCAUCAACAGUGAUUCUUCUUACCAAAUUAGCCGUGAUUACAAAUCCAAGCGUAACAACUGGGUUCCCACAGUUCCUAGCAGCUCACACCAUCUAGACGCAGUUCCCUGUGCUACCCCAAUCAACAGAAACAGAUUAGGAAAGAAGCAAGUCAGAACCUUUCCCAUGUGUUUUGAUGACACUGAUCCAGCUGGUAUCCAUGACAACGCUAAUCAACAGGAACAGCUUGUUCCCAUCCGUCUGGAUAUGGAGUAUGAGGGUCAGAAGCUUCGAGACUGCUUCACCUGGAACAAGAAUGAGAGCCUCAUCACUCCUGAGCAGUUUGCAGAGAUUCUGUGUGAUGAUUUAGAUCUGAACCCCAUUAACUUCAUACCAGCCAUAUCUCAGGCCAUUCGACAACAGAUUGAGGCAUACCCUCAGGAAAACUUGUUGGAGGAGCAAAAGGACCAGAGGGUCAUUUUGAAGUUGAAUAUUCAUGUCGGUAAUAUAUCCUUGGUAGACCAGUUUGAAUGGGACAUGUCUGAAUCAGAUAACUCACCCGAGGACUUUGCUCAGACCCUGUGUGCAGAGCUUGGUCUGGGUGGAGAGUUUGUCACAUGUAUAGCAUACAGCAUAAGAGGGCAGCUGAGCUGGCAUCAAAGAACCUACGCAUUCAGUGAUCAGCCAUUGCCGAUUGUUGAGGUUGCCAUUAGGAAUCAGAAUGAAGCAGAUGCAUGGUGUCCAUUCUUAGAAACCCUCACAGAUGCAGAAAUGGAGAAAAAGAUCCGCGACCAAGACAGAAACACAAGGAGAAUGAGGCGUUUGGCCAACACAGCGCCAUCAUGGUAGCCUUUCAUGACAUCAACUCGCUCAUCAAAUCCUGCCUCUUGGAAAAUUUGAAAAAGCAAAUUCUUGUCAUAUUAGCAUGACGUACAGUUGGCAUAGGUGCAAAUGGAAAUGACAUUCCUCCAUUUGGCAUAUUUUACAUGUCAUCCGUGGUGUGUGUGUGUGUGUCUGGGAAAGAGAUUAUGUUGUGUAAAUGUAGAUAUUGAGAGAGAAUAAAAAUUACGGUAAAUGUUUAAAACAC